AUGUUUAAUUUUAUGAAAAAAGGUGUGGUUGGCGUGGGGGGCAGCGGUGGAGGAAGUAACAACAGUAACAACAACAACGGUUCCGGUGGCACCGGAAACACCGCCGUGUCGCCCUCCUCCGGGCCGGCCGGGUUCGUACACUCCGUUAUCAGUAGCGUCGGUGGCGAUGGCGGCGACGACAAGGAUCGCCGGAAGAAGGAAAAAAAGGCCCGCAAGGACGGUAAACAGUUGCUGCUGGGUGGCGGCGGCGGCGGAACGACCGGUGGCCACUCCGGGAGCAUGAGUGCGGAAGAGUUGUUGCGAUUGGAUGAGGUUCGUCGGUCGCUAAAGAUACGCGGUCGGCGGAAAGAGAAGGAAAAGCUUCCGAGUGGCAUCACGGCCGACUACAGUGCGUCGUUCUUUGCCCAACUGGACGUCGACCACCGGGAGUUGGACCGCGGCACGGAGGAAGUGCUGGCCGUGGCCAAUACGACGACCUAUAUCGACCGGAAUGGCGAAAUGGUGGAGCGGGUGUCGUUUAGCAGCACCACUACCACCCUGCAGCCUACUUCGCCGCACAGCGAGACUGGCUACUCGUCGGAUCAUCUGUCACAGCAACAGUAUCCGGGCAGUAAAACUCAGCCACCGGUCCCUCCGCGGCCACCGAAGCGCGGCAUACUGAAGGGCUCGCGAGUGAACCUGGCGACGGCCGAUGGGCUCAGUUCGAGUGCAACCUCACCAUCGAACCACCACCAUGGGUUGCCAGGAUCGGCGGCACUCCUGCAGUUACUGGCCUCACCGUCCCCGAGUGCCGACAGCCUGACGGACACUACGACGACGACGACAAACUCUUCCUUCGCAACGCCUCCCUUUUCCCUCAGCCCGGUCGGGGAGUCGCAGGGGUACGACGGUCGCAUCGGACGCGUCUUCCCGUUCGACGAACGCAUCGCGCCGGUCAACGGAGGCAUCAUCCUGUCGUUACCUCCCAUCACCGUGCAGCCCCUGCCGGCAGCUCGCGUACUGACGAUUCAGCGCCAGAAAAGCCCUCGGAACGAUUUCGGUUUCAGCCUCCGGAAAGCGUUUGUCCUCGAUCGACUACCACCGGUCAACGGUGAGCGGACGCCACCGCCUGCCCGUCGACUGCGGGCGAUCAUCUUUGCGGAACCCAGCUCAUCCGGAACCGUGCAGACGGGCCUGCUGCCCGGCGAUCGACUGCUGGAGGUGAACGGGCAACCGGUUGAGGAGCUGACCCGCGAAACGAUCAUCGAGAUGAUCCGGAGCAGCGGCGAUUCGGUCACGGUGAAGGUGCAACCGAUCGCGGAAUUGAUAGAACUUUCCCGCCGCUUCGUUACCGCGGAAUUGGCCACCGCUACCACGACAGAUUGUAGCACCCUAAAGCGUAGCGCAAGCCGGCGAUUCCUUCACUCACGCCGACCACCGCUCGGCCCGACGGGGGCACCGUUCGGCGAGGGAGGUGGCUCGGUUGGGCGUGUGUGGUUACUUCAUCGCGGUGGCUUUACGGCCGCCCGACGGCAACAGCUGUCCCCGUCGACGGUUCCGAUGCCCUCGCACCAUCAUCAGCAGCAGGCGGGUAAAGUUUGGGUACGGCUCGAGGCACCGAACGGUGGUGAGGAGCUGCUGAUCGACGAGGACGACCUGGAGGUGGCGAAUGCGGCCGCAUACGAUCUGGUCGAGGAUCUGUGCCAUUUGCCGCACCUGAACGAAUCGUCCGCCCUGCACGUGCUACGGCAACGGUACGCCAACAAUCUGAUCCACACCCGAGCCGGCCCCGUCCUGUUGAUCCUCAAUCCGAUGGCCCCGUUAGCGCUCUACUCGGAGAAGGUGGCCUCGAUGUUUCGUGGCUGCAAGGUGGAGGACGAUAUGCCGCCGCACAUUUUUUCACAAGCCCAAACCGCGUACCGGGCCGCCCUGGAGACGCGCCGCGAUCAGAGCAUCAUCUUUAUGGGUCGAUCGGGUGCGGGUAAAACCACCAACUUCAAGCACGCCCUGUACUAUCUGACACUGGCCACGGGUGGCGCGGCAGGUCGCGCCCUCACGGUGGAGAAGGUUAGCGCCAUCGGUGCGAUCUUGGACGCGUUUGGCAACGAACGGACGGCACUGUGUUCGAAUGCGACAAAGUUUGCGCAAAUCUUUGCCCUCGAUUUCGAUCACGCCGGUCAGUUGGUGGCGGGUUCGAUUCAGGUGCUGCCCAUCGAUCGCAUGAGACCCGCCGGGGCCAUUGGUGCGCCCCGGUGGAGCUUCCUGUCCGGCGUGGAUGUGGGGGCCCUUCGGAAGGAACUGUUACUGGAACCGCUCGCCGGUGCAACGGCGGGCGCUAGCGUACAGCAGGAAACGAUCGAUUAUCAACGUUUGUGUCAAGCGUUCCGUGUGCUGAACGUUGACCCGCUGGCGGUGCGCGGUGUGUGGCACGUGCUGGCGGCCAUCUAUCAUCUUACGCAGUCCGGAGCCGUGGCGGUGGCCGGUAGGGUGCAGUUCGUUAAUCCACGCGCUGCGCAGAAAGCCGCCUCGCUGCUCGGAAUUCCGAUGGACGAACUGUUGACGUACGUGUUUCCUGAGGUGGCCAACGGGGGUGGUGGUGGUGGGGGCGGUGGAACGGGUGCCCCGAAAGCAACCGCAUUGUCGUCGACGGUGGCAUCGGAAGCGCUGAGCGCGUUCAGCGAAGCCCUUUACACCGAACUGUUCUACACGAUCGUGGGGCUUAUUAAUAAAUCGAUCAUGGCCGCUACUCCGCAUCAGACCAUCGGCUCGGUGCUGCUGGUUGAUGUGCCCGGUUUCCAGAACGUGGCCAGUGUCGGUGGUGAAGGCUGCGGUGGCGGAAUCAGCACGCUCGCCGAGCUACGGUUUAACUAUCUUCACGAGCGGCUCCAGCUUCUGUUUCACAACGCGAUGUUGGUGCAACCGCGCCACCGAUACGCCCAGGAGAUGGUGACGGUCGAGGCGGAUCCACUACCCGACGGUGGUGGCGUAACGUCGGGUGGGCCCGUUCCGAUGGUCGCCCUGCUCGACAAGAUACCGCAGAGCCACGAGCCGCGCAAAGGGUUGCUGUGGAUGCUGGACGAGGAGCAACUGUUGAACCCGGUGCCGGCGUCAGCAAACGCUAACGGUAACGGUGGCGCGGUCGAUGAUUUCGACGAUGAUCCCGCAGGGGAUCGCGAUGCACGGUUUAUGGAGCGUCUGUUCGCGGCGUACGGCGAUCGGGAAGCGCGCGAAACGCUGCUACUGAGGGCCAGUGUCCCGAGUGGGGCGUGUGAUGUGGUGCUGCAGCACCUGCUGGGCACCAAUCCGGUGCUUUAUUCCGUGUCCAGUUGGCUAAAGGAAGCGGCCGCCCAGGCGCACUACCUGCCGCAGCGUGCACUGAACUGUCUGCGCGAUAGCACCAAGCCGGAAGUGAGCGGAUUGUUUGUGGGCACGUUGGGUGGUGCGAUGGAGUCAUCGUACGCGUUCGGGGGAUCAUCACAGCAGCUGCACCAACAGUCACUGCGGCGCAUCAGUAGCAUCCGGCGGACGAACGCAUACAGCGCGGGCAGUGGGUUCCCCAAGCGCAACGGCGUGGUGGUGCAGGUGAAGUACACGGUUGACUGUCUGAUCGAUACGUUGCGCCGCACGGGGACCCACUUUGUGUACUGCUACUUGCCGCAACACAACGGUGGCACGGUCCUGCCGGGGGUCGGUGAGCCACCGGCUGGGGGCGAAGUGACCCGGCGAACCGGCGAGGAGGACCUCAUCAACAUUCCACUGUUGCGAAGUCAGCUGCGGGGCUCGCAGAUGCUCGACUUUGCGCGGCUCUACCGUUUGGGCUUCCCGAUCAGUGUGCCGCUCGGCGAGUUUGUGAUCCGUUUCGGGCUGCUAGCGGAUGGUGCUGGAGGCGUCGGGGGACCCGGAGCACUGGCGGUCGUUACGGAGCCCGCCACGGUGGACAGCAUUCUCAGCAACUGUGAGGUCGAUCCGUCCGUCUACCGCAUCGGAACGAGCCAGGUUUUCUUCCGUUCCGGUGUGCUGGGCGCGCUCGAGGCGAAACGCGACGAGCUGCUGUCGGAUCGGGUGAUCCAGUUGCAGGCCCACUGCCGCGGUUACCUGGCCCGAAGGCGUCUCGCCCGUCGCCGGCUGCAGGAGUUGGCGGUCCGGUGCAUUCAGCGGAAUGUGCGCGCCUUUCUGAAGGUGCGCGACUGGCCCUGGUGGCGGUUGCUGGUCCGCGUGAUGCCGCUGCUGGCCGUCCACCGGACGGAGGAGCAACUCCUGGCGGCCACCGCCGAGCUGCAGCAGGUGCGCGCCAAGCUGGACCGGAUCGAAGCCGAACGGAACGAGCUGAAGACGGCCAACCACAAGCUGGAGGCACGGCUAAGCGACCUAACUUCCGAGCUGACGGAGGAACACUCCUCCUCGAACCUCAUCACCGAGCGGCUCGCCUCGGAAACGUCCGAACGGUUGCGGCUGGAGAAGGAGGUGAAGGAGUACGAGUCGAAGUACCGCAACCUGCAGGAGUCCUCGGAGAAGAUGGAGAUGGAGCUGCUGUGCGCCAAAUCGGAGCUAAACUAUGACUUUGACGACUGCAGCACCGUCGGGGGCGACUACGACGGGCUGGAAGGCGGGCUCGAGCGUGACGGCGGAUUGGCCGACGGGGAGGUAGCGAAGAGUUACCGACUGCGGUACGAGCGAGUCGCCCGGGAGCUCGAGUUUACGAAGAAGCGCCUGCAAACGCAACACGAACACGAUCUGGAGCAGUUGGUGGGGUUGAAGAAGCAACUGGAGAAGAAGCUCGCAGAUGCGUACGAGCAGGUCGAGGAGCAGCGCGGUGUCGUGGCGCAGUGGAAGCGGAAGGCGCAGAAGAUGACCAACGAGAUGAACGAUCUGCGGUUGCUGUACGAGGAGCAGAGUAGCCGCAACAAUCUGCUGGAGAAGCGACAGCGAAAGUUCGACGCCGAGUGCCAAACGCUGCAGGACUCGGCUCGGCAGGAGCGUCAGGCGAAGGAGCGGUUGGCGCGCGAGAAGGACGUGCUGAUGGCGGAAAAGUGUAAGCUCGACCAGCACCUGUCGGACGUGAAGCUGGAGCUGGAGCUGAAGGAGGAAAAGAACACGGCCCUGCAGAACGAGCUCGACGAGAUGAUGUUCGGUGGUGGCACCGAGGAAGAGAUUGCGCAGCUGAAGCGCCAGAAGCUCGAGCUCGAUCGGCGCUGCAAGGAGCAGGACGAGGAGCUGGACGAGAUGGCCGGCCAGAUACAGCUGCUCGAGCAGGCCAAGUUGCGGCUCGAGAUGUCGCUGGAAACGUCCCGCAAAGAGUCCCGCAAGGAAGCGCAGCAGCGUGACGACGAGAUGGAGGAGGUUCGUGGUGCUUCGUACAAGAAGGUGAAGUCGCUCGAGUGCCAACUCGAGCAGGAACACGAAGAGCGAACGCUGCUGUUGCGCGAAAAGCACGAACUCGAGCGGCGCCUCAGCAGCCUGGAGGAUCAGGACCGGGCGGAGCGGGCGGCCGAGGAAGCGAUGAUGCAGAAGAUGAAGCGCGACAAUCGCAAGUACCGGGCGCUACUGCGUGACGCCCAGAGUCAGCUCGAGCGAGCCAAGGGAGAUUCGGCCGGGAAGGCACUGGUGCGGCAGCUGCGCAACCAGCUCGAGGACGCGGAGUCUGCCCGUGCCGUGGCCGUCAAGUCACGCCAGACACUGGAAGUGGAGCUGCAGGACGCGCAGAUGCUGAUCGAGGAAACGGGUCGAGCCCGGAACGAGGCGGAAGACAAGGCGUCGGUGGCGUUGCGCGAUCGAGCCGAGCUACAGGGCCAACUGGACGAGAACGAGGAGGAGCUGGCGGAACUGAUGAAGAAGUACAGUGCCACGGUGAAGCAGCUGUCCAGCGAGCAGACGCUGAUCGCCGAGUACGAAGUGCGGCUGUCGGAGCUCGAGGGCGAGAAGCGCUCGCUGAAGGAACAGCUGGUGGAGCUGGCGGCCCGGCUCGAGAACGUGGAAACGAUCGGGGACUCGUCGAGCACCAUGCAGUUCAAGCGGUUGGAGCUGCGCACCAAAGAGCUCGAAUCGAGGCUCGAGUUUGAGCAGGCGACCCGGGCCCGGAUCGAGAUUCAGCUUAACCGCCACAAGGACUCGCUCGAGAAGCUGCAGGGCGAUCUGAUGCAGGCGCGCAGCCGCGAAGUGCAGGCCCAGGAUUCGGUGAAGAAAUCGGCGAAAACGAUACGCGAGCUACGCGAGGAACUGUCGGCGCUCGGGAAUCGCGACCAGGAGGGCCUCACCAAGCGCAAGGAGCUGGAGAAGCGUAUCGAAACGGCCGAAUCCGAAACGACGUCGGCGCGGGCCGACCUCCGUCUGGCGCUCCAGCGGAUAGCCGAUCUGCAGCAGGCGAUGGAAGAGGAGGGCGAUUCGUACCACUCGGACAGCGAUGCAAGCGACAGUUCGUCGUCGAUGGAUUCGUUCCACGAGUCGACCGUAACUCGCAAAUCGACGAGCACGGGCAGUGGCGGAGGCGGAGGCGUAGGUGAUCCUUUCGGUGCAACGAACGGCAGUCUCGGCGGUAGCCGCGGAAGCGGAAGCAUCGCCGGUAGUGUCGGUGGUGCGCGAGAUGCUCGCAAGGAAAGCAAUACUCCUAGGAUACGGCCGUGUCUGAUCGGAAGUGUGCGGCGCAAGAAACGCUUACACCCCACCAUCACGGAGGAGGACGAGGGUUUCGAAACGGAUGACCACGGGACGGGAAAAUCCUCUCCCCAAGAGAGCGAACCCAGCUCAACAACGGCUUCAGUGGCUGGUUCGGAAGGAAGCGAUGAUCGGCCAACGGAUCACCACCAGCCUGUGGUCGGUGAAAGCGAUCAAAAGCCAACCAACCGAUCGCUUCCUAGUGCGGGCGACAUUACCUCCGAAGCUAGACUGUCAACUGACCAACAGCAGCAGCAGCAAAAUUGUGACGGAACGGGCGCCGAGUCGAGAGAAUUUCCGUUCGAUAUCAACACUUUGAAAUCGAUCAAGGAGAAAAUCCACUCGCUAAAUCAGAUCAUUCGCGACGAAUCGCACGAUUCCGGUGCGGAGAUCGAUCUGGUGGAUCUGAAGAACCUCAAGAAUCAGAUACACGAGUUCAAGAAGGCGAUCGAAUGCAGCCGAUCACGGUCAAUGGACAAGAUCGCCGCCGGUGGUGGGGCGCCACUAGCUGCCGCUGUGAUAACGACAUCAGCCUCGACCGGGUCGGCCCCAGCAGCCGGUGGGGCCGACACAGCCAAAUCCAGCUAA